AUGGAACAGGUGGCUGAGAACACCCCGGGUGAAUACUUCGGGACCAUCAUGCCUGUGCAGAGCCUCUGUGAAGACUCCUUCCACCCUGAGGAGGCCCGUGGAGCAGGACACCAGGAACCCAGGAGCCCUUCCAGCGAGGACCUGCCGUACUGUGACCUGCCCCGCUGCCCGCUGCCCGCUGCGGACCUCCUCAGGGCGACAGCCUCCACUGGCCAGUCCGCGGUGGGCCUGGGCCUCAGGCGGGGACCUGAGAGGUGCCGGGACCCGGGGGCAGUGCCCUGCGUGGAGGGCCCGGCCGGCUCCCCCUGCAGCAGCCGAGACGAGGACCCCAACUCGGACACCACCUCAGGCUCCGACAGGGACACCCCUGAUGAGACCAGCAACUCCUCCUCGCUGGAUUGGGACACCGCUGAGAGACCGAGGGAGGUCCCCAGCUGGGACGAGCUCACCGUGAUGAUCCCUCGGAAGCCCCAGGAGGGGGUAAAAACUGACAGCGCCCGCAAGGUCCCCAAGUCCCCGGUCAGAGGAGACACUGCAGGCCAGAGGAAGGAGGACUCCGGUGGCGGUGGCGGAAGGAGUGCUGGACAGCACUGGGUGCGACUCCGAGGGGAGAGUGGGUACUUUUCCUUGGAGCGGCACAGCCCGGGGGUUCCAGCCCAGGCUUCCUCUGCCACAUCACGGAGUGGACCUCGCGGUGCCAUCCUCCUUCCUUCCCCUGCCCAGGCGGCUUCUACACCCCAGGGAAACCCCCGGGCCUCCUCUCCACCCCAAGUCUCCCAGAGAAACAACCCCAGGACCUCAGCCCCGCAGCAGAAUACUCCAAGAAGGUCCUCUCCUUCAAGAAUCUCCACGCGGGAAAGUCCCAGAACCUUGUCCACCCAGCGAAGCCAUGUUCAGCUCUCCUCCUCCCUCAGAGCCUCCUCAGAGAGCCUCAGAACCGCUGCCUCACGACGCGACAGCCCCCAAACAGCUGGGCCCGCUUGUCUUCCUCAAAGGGACACCCCCAGGACAGCCUGUGUCCAGAGGGACACCCCAAGAGCCUCCUCUCCUAACAGACCCGCCCAGUGGGACAAGCCCAGAGCAUCCUGUGCCCAGCAAGACAACUCGAAGACGCCCUGUGCCCAGCGGGGCCACCCGAGACCCUCCUCUCCCAAUAGAACCACCCAGCAGCCCUCCCCCAGGACAGCCUGUGCCCAGCGGAGCAACCCCAGAUCCCCGUCUCCCAACAGACCCGCCCAGCGGGACAAUCCCAGACCCCCAUCUCCCAGCGGGACUGCCCAACGUGACCACCCUCGGAUAUCCUGUGCCCAGCGGUGCCACCCCAGAUCCCCGUCUCCCAACAGACCCGCCCAGUGGGACAAGCCCAGAGCAUCCUGUGCCCAGCAAGACAACUCGAAGACGCCCUGUGCCCAGCGGGGUCAUCCCAGGCCCCCCUCACCCACCAGAAGCGCCCAGCGGGGCAACCCCGGGCCCCCCUCUCCCACGGGGACUGCCCCGCGUGACCACCCCACCCCAGGAGAGAGCCGGAAAGCCUCUUGCACCCGAUGGGAGCAUCUCCGAAAUGCCUGCACCCAACGGGACAAUCCGCACCCCUCAUCCCUGCACCCAGACAACCCUGGGACCGGCUCUUCCCAAAGCUGCUCCCCCAAGGACCAUCCCAGAGCUGCCUCCCCGCGCCGCUCCACUCCACACGGCAGCCCCCCAAAUCCUUCCCCUCACCGCACCAACCAAGACAUCCCCUGGGCCUCCUUCCCCCUCCGGCCAACCCAGAGCGAUGGCCCCCGGACCUCCUGGCCGGCCCGCUCCAAGCAAAGCGAGGUGCCCUGGGCGUCCAUUGCCCUCCGGCCCACCCAAGGGGACAGGCCUCAGGCCGGCCGGCCCGCCAGCCCGGCCCAGCGGGGCCCGCCGCAGGCCUCCCCCGCGGCCCCCGCCCCGGGCGCCUCGCCCCCCCAGCCUGGCGCGCGCGGGGCGCCCCACGCCGCCUCCUGUGCUGUGUGCAUAGGGCACCGGGAUGCGCCCCGGGCCUCCUCGCCACCCCGAUUUCUGCAGCAUGACCCUUUCCCUUUCUUCCCCGAACCCCGGGCCUCUGAGGGCGACUGGCCCCACCACGACCCCCCCUACAUGCCGCCCGCCGUGUGCAUCGGGCACCGCGACGCCCCCCGCGCCUCCUCGCCCCCGCGCCAUGCCCCGUUCGACCCCUUCCCCUUCCUUCCAGACGCGGCGGAUGCCGAAGAAAGCCAGCCCCCCCAGCACGAGCCGCCUCAGUUUCCCCCAGCCGUGUGUAUCGGGUACCGGGACGCGCCCCGGGCCUCCUCCCCGCCCCGCCAGGUCCCGGAGCCCGCCCUCUUCCUCCAGGAGCUCCCCAGGGCCAGCACGGAGAGCCUGGCCCCGUCCACGGACUCCCUGCGCGGGCGCCCCCCCGCGCCCGCCCCCGUGUGCAUCGGACACCGCGACGCGCCCUCCUUCUCCUCGCCGCCCCGCCAGGCCCCGGAGCCGUCCCUCCUCUUCCAGGACCCCCCGGGGACGAGCACCGAGAGCCUGGCUCCCUCCACCGACUCUCUGCUGGGCGCUCCGCUGGGGCCCCCCCAAGUGUGCAUCGGCCACCGGGACGCACCCCGGGCCUCCUCGCCACCCCGCCACCCCCCCAGUGAGCCGGCGCUGCGGGUCUCCUCCCCGCCCCCGGGCAGCUCGGGCUCCCGCGGCUCCGCGGAGACCAGGCACAACCUGGAGAGGGAGCAGUACGCCAUGCUGGCCGACCUGCCCCCGCCCCGGAGGCUGGCACACAGGGAGCCGGGGCCCCCGACGCAGGGCAGCAACGGGGGCCGCACCCGCAGCCCCGGCCGCACAGAGGUGGAACGCCUCUUCGGGCAAGAGCGAAGGAAGUCUGAGGCCCCCGGAACCUUCCAGGCUCGGGAUGAGGGACGGUCACCACGGCCCAGCCAAGGUCACAGCCAGCUCCGAAGACAGUCCAGCCCUGCCCCCAGUAGGCAGGUGGCCAAGCCCCCCGCCAAGCAGGUAGAACCAGCCCUGCGGAGCCGAUCAGAGGCCCCUCAUCCUGACAGGCGACCUGAGGGGGACCGACGGCUCCAGGGGUCCUCACCACCCGUCAGGACAUCAGCCAGGCCCCGGGAGAGAGAGCUACGGACAGACAGACACCAGGAAAGGAGCUGGGGCAGCCAGGAGGAACACUCGGGGAUACGUGGGGACUGGCCAGGACUUGAGGAGCCCAGUCUGGAGGGGACCCAGAGGAGCCCUUCCAGGGAGCACAGGGAAAGCUGGGGGCAGCCAGAGGCCUGGGAGGAACCCCCCCACAAGGCCCAAGGGAGCCUCUGCCGGCCUGUGAACCCCCCAGAGAAGUGGGAAGGCCUGCAGCCCGAGAUCCCCAUGAUCAUGGGCUGGGAGGCAGAGGGCGGAGGCCCGCCCCCUCAGGGCCCUGACAGGCAAGCCCAGCUUGACUGGAGGGACUUGCUGGGCCUCCUCCAGCCCCCCGGGGAGGGGGCCUGGGCCCGACUCCCAAGGCUGGACUGGGAAGGCCUCCUAGAGCUCCUGCAGGCCCAACUGCCUCGCAAGAACUCUGCUGAGCCCUGGGGUGAGCCGGCCAAGGCUUCAGUGCCAGAUCUGGGCCCCCCAGGCACAAAGGAAACCCAGGAGCAAGAGCAACAGCACCAUCCUGAAGGCUGGGCAGAUGCCAGCCUCCUCAAUGGACACAGCCCAGCGCAGCAGCCCCACAGCCCAGCCCAGCCGCCCAGCCCAGCCUGCACCUCCACCCAGUGGCCAACCACCAAAGUGACAAGUGGGCCAGCAACAGCAACUCUGGCUGAUCUGGAGCAGCCGGGCCAGCUGGGGGGCCCCAGCCCGCCAGAGCCAGAGUUCCAGCCAGAGAAGCCUGACGAGUCAGAACCAAGCAGAGGCACAGACUCACUGACUGACCAGAAGCAGGCCGAUUCGGCAGACAAGAAGCCAGCAGAGGGCACGGCUGGGAGCCCACUCAAGGGCCGACUGGUGACCUCAUGGCGGAUGCCCGGGGACCGGCCCACGCUGUUCAAUCCGUACCUGCUAUCUCUGGGGGUCCUCAGGUGGCAAAGGCCCGAUCUGCUCAACUUCAAGAAGGGAUGGAUGUCAAUCCUGGAUGAGCCUGGAGAGCCCCCUUCCAGCACGCUUACCACUUCCUCUCCUUCACAGUGGAAGAAACACUGGUUUGUGCUGACGGACUCAAGCCUCAAGUAUUACAGAGACUCCACUGCAGAGGAGGCAGAUGAGCUGGACGGUGAGAUCGACCUGCGCUCCUGCACAGAUGUCACCGAGUACGCCGUGCAGCGCAACUAUGGCUUCCAGAUCCACACCAAGGACAACGUCUACACCUUGUCGGCCAUGACCUCAGGCAUCCGGCGGAACUGGAUUGAGGCUCUGAGGAAGACCGUGCGACCCACUUCAGCCCCAGAUGUCACCAAGCUCUCGGACAGCAACAAGGAGAACACGUUGCACAGCUUCGGGCCCCAGAAGGGCUCCCCAAAGGUGGGGGAGCAGCGGGCCGCCUCCGAGGUCAUCGGCCGGGGCAGCCCUCGCAGGGUGGAUGGGCCACGGCAGUCCCUGGACUAUGUGGAGCUCUCCCCGCUGACGCAGGCCUCCCCGCAGCGAGCCCGCACCCCAGCCCGAACCCCUGACCGCCCCACCAAGCAGGAGGAACUGGAGCGGGACCUGGCCCAGCGCUCUGAGGAGCGGCGCAAGUGGUUUGAAGCCACGGACAGCGGGGGCCCAGAGACACCCACUGGGGAGGGGCCACGUCGGGGCCUGGGCGCCCCCCUGACUGAGGACCAGCAGAGCCGGCUCAGCGAGGAGAUCGAGAAGAAGUGGCAGGAGCUGGAGAAGCUGCCCCUGAGGGAGAGCAAGCGGGUGCCACUCACCGCCCUGCUCAACCAGAGCCACAGCGAACGCCACACACCCUCGAGGGACAACCAUGAGGCCCUGGAGAAGGAGGUCCAAUCUCUCCGUGCGCAGCUGGAAGCGUGGCGUCUCCGGGGGGAAGCCCCCCAGAGUGCACCCAGACCCCAGGAGGAUGGCCGCACCCCGCCAGGCUACAUCUCUCAGGAGGCCUGCGAGCGCAGCCUAGCGGAGAUGGAGUCCUCACACCAGCAGGUGAUGGAGCAGCUGCAGCGCCACCAUGAGCGAGAGCUGCAGCGGCUGCAGCAGGAGAAGGAAUGGCUGCUGGAGGAGGAGACGGCGGCCACGGCCUCCGCCAUUGAAGCCAUGAAGAAAGCCUAUCAGGAAGAGCUGAGCCGGGAGCUGAGCAAAACACGGAGUCUCCAGCAAGGUCCAGAUGGCCUCCGGAAGCAGCAUCAGUCAGACGUAGAGGCGCUGAAGCGGGAGCUGCAGGUGCUGUCCGAACGCUAUUCGCAGAAAUGCCUGGAGAUCGGUGCCCUGACGCGGCAGGCUGAGGAGCGGGAACACACCCUGCAGCGCUGCCAGCAGGAGGGCCAGGAGCUGCUGCGCCACAACCAGGAGCUGCACACCCGCCUGUCCGAAGAGAUCGACCGGCUGCGCAGCUUCAUUGCCUCCCAGGGCUCGGGCAACAGCUGUGGGCGCAGCAAUGAGCGGAGCUCCUGUGAGCUGGAGGUACUGUUGCGAGUGAAGGAGAACGAGCUUCAGUACCUGAAGAAGGAGGUGCAGUGUCUCCGGGAUGAGCUGCAGGUGUUGCAGAAGGACAAGCGCUUCACAUCAGGCAAGUACCAAGACGUGUACGUAGAACUGAACCACAUCAAGACGCGGUCAGAGCGGGAGAUCGAGCAGCUGAAGGAGCACCUGCGUCUUGCCAUGGCGGCCCUGCAGGAGAAGGAAGCCACGCGCAACAGCCUGGCCGAGUAGAGGUCUUUGUGGUCCAGCCCAGCUGCAGUCUCCAGCCCCAGGGGGGCCAAUCAAUCAUCAGCUCCCCCUGAUGGAUGGAAGUCAGAAGCCAAGCUUUCUUCCCACCCUGUGGGAGGCACGUGCACUCAUACACACACACACACACACACACACACACACACACCGCGCGCACCCGUGCACAUGCACAGUGUACACACACGUGCAUGCACGCACACACAUGCAUGUACACACUGCGUAUCUGAGCGCGCCCCUCGCACUGGGUCUCACCUGGCACCUUCAGGAUUUUUUAUGUGAAGAGAUUUUUAUAGAGACUUUUUUUUUCUUUUUUCCUUUUUUUUUUUUUCUCUCCUUUUUUUUUUUUCCUAAAACACUUUAUACUUUUAAAGAAAAGCAAUUCCUGGUGGCAUCUUCCUCCCGGCUGGGAUCCCUCCCUCUCAGCCGCCUGGCCUCAGCUUACCCUGAGGGUCCCCAGAGGUCCCAGCAGUGGCCAUGGGGGGUUAACGGGUUGGCGGGGGGGGGGGAGGCCCUGGAUGAGUGGUCCCACAUAUUGGGGAUGGGGACAGAGUGCCAGCAGCUGUCCCCACCCCCCCUCUGAGGGGUGCUGGCCAUGGCGCCGCUGGCAUCGCCCAUGAAGAUGCUUCUCCUGCUCCACGAGCACUCUUAACUUAAUAAAACCUUCCAGCAGC